AGAUGGUGAAUAAUAAAAAAAGAAAAAGAAGAGAGGUCGCGUAUGGCUGAAACAGAAACAAGGAAGAGGAAGAUGGGAGAGAGAAGAGAAGCUGAUUCCAGUUCCAGGAAAACUACACCAAAGUGGCCAACAGUCAAAUCAAAGCAAAACAUUCAGAUAACCCGUCUCAAAGACAAUGAUCUUUUCACUGUACCAAAUUUCUUCACAUCUGCAGAAUCAAAGACUUUUGUUAAAGUUGCAGAGUCUAUUGGGUUUGUUCACCAAGGAAGUCUAGGCCCAACAAAAGGUGAAGCUUAUAGAGACAAUGAUAGAAUCUCUGUGAACGAUCCUGUUCUUGCUGAUACAAUAUGGAAUUCUGGGCUCAGCAAAUUGUUUUCUGACAUCAAAAUUCGACGGGAGGUUGCUGUUGGCUUAAACCCAAAUAUCAGACUCUACAGGUACAAGGCUGGUCAGCGAUUUGGGAGGCAUAUUGAUGAAAGUGUUGAUCUUGAAGAUGGAAAACGCACACAUUAUACUUUGUUGAUAUAUUUGAGUGGUGGUUCUAAACCGAAAGCGAAAAACGAUGUGAGCAGUCCUGAGGAUUCAUCCUCUGAGCCUCUGGUUGGAGGAGAGACCGUCUUCUAUGGCUCAAGGAAUAGUGUUGUGGCUGAGGUGGCUCCUGUUGAAGGGAUGGCUCUUCUACACAUUCAUGGGCACAAAUGUUUGCUGCAUGAAGCUCGAAAUGUUACUAAGGGUAUCAAGUAUGUGUUCCGUUCAGAUGUUGUAUUUGCAUGAUGUAAGUACUUGAAAAUUUUCUGAUAUAAAAGAAUACUAAAAGAAUGUUGUAGCAGAAAUGUUAAUCAUCGAUUCAUUGCUGA